CCUGCCCCCCACACACACUCACACACAUUCUAUACUAGGGUUAUAUACCCUAGUGUUGUCAGAUCGUGGGCCGACAAGGAGUCUAUAAAUAGAAGCGUGUCAGCAGCACGGUAGGGACAACAAGCCUUGGAGGUAGGGUCGUGUGUAUCCAAUUUGCAUUUGACCUCAGCUAGUCUGACGUAGUUCGACGGAUCAGGUUGUGUCUAAAAUGGUGUUUGGCUGUGUCACUGUGAACUGUUGUUGUUUUUCUGUCUGAUGAUUCGGUUAGUGUGUAGAUAUUCUGUACAUUGUGAGUUAUUUCUGGACUAUUCAAUAAUAUGUGUGUCAAAGUGCAUCAAUGGCACAAUAGAGAAAGGAUCUAUACAUAGUGGCGCUGACGAGGGCCUUAUUUCAUAGAGCCUGCUGAGGCAGGCAAUACUGUACUUCUUAACAAGUUUCUGCUUAACGAAAAUGAGCUGGAUACCAGUCACAAACUUUAGCUGGUGACCUUAAUAAUCUGAGACAACUCUUGGCGGGAGUCGGGAUACAGUCAACAUUGAGACACACUUCAACAGUAUGCAUCUCAAAGAAGAUGUGGCCAGCGGCCAAGUGCCAGCCGCACCCGGCGAGGCCCCAGGCCGGCUCAACCCGGAUGCAGCGAGGCAGCUGCAGCAUGAGCUAAUCGAACUGCAGCAGCAGCAGCAGUGGCAGCAGCAGCUCCUCAUCAGUCAGUUCAAACAGCGGCAGGAUCAACUGUCCAAACAGCACCAGCAGCAGCAGCACGAGCUGAUCAGGUUUCAAAAUGUCCACUUUGCACCACAGCAACAAAUCCAGCACGAUCGCAUGGUCCUAGCGCAGCAACAGCAGCAGCAGCAACAGCAGCUUGAAGCCCAGAAGCAGCAGGCCAAGCAGCAGCAACUGAAGCAGCUACUUGCCAAGAAGGACAAACCAAGUGCUAACCCUUCCGAAGAAGUCAAAGAAAAACUCCAGAAGUUCCUCCUGGAUCGCAAACAGCGCUCUGAGCUGGCGGCCAGUGGAGGGAUGAAUCACUCCCCACCCCAGGCGUACCGCCAAUGGUCCAUGGCCAACCGGAGUCCCCACGGAUCCAUGGAGCACCACUCGCCGCCCCAUAAUAUCUCUGCUCACUACCAGCCCAUGUUUGGACAGUAUGACAGUAACUUCCCGCUGAGAAAGACAGCAUCCGACUCCAAUCUGAAGGUGCGGUCUCGCUUGAAGGAGAAAGUGACGGAGAGGCGGAGUCACGGGAGCCCCCUCCCACGACGGCGAGACGGUCCCGGAAGCCUGAAGAGAAAACCUCUAACCGUGGAUACAUCUCCUUCAAGUAGUGCCCCUGGUUCAGGACCAAGCUCGCCCCUUAGUGGAGGUGACGGGGCGAAUGGAAUCGGAGCAGCGGCCAUGCCCGAGGAUAUAGGGAGCUACCUGCUGCUGAAACGCAUGUACAGCAGUAGCACAAGUGACGUCAACCUCUACACAUCACCGUCCCUUCCCAACAUCUCUCUUGGUCUGCCGCCGCCGGGUGGGUCGUCGCAGCACUCACCCCAGAUGCAGCAACCUCCUGUCCAGCCACCGAUGAACGACGUAGUACGCAUCAAGAAUCCACUCCCCGGAACCCCUGCCCUCGCACCUGCUUUUAUACCCACCGUGCAGUCAGGCUCCAUCGUACCCACCGCUGUACCCCCAUCUAUGCUAGGGGGUAUGCCACUUCACGAGGCCAACUCCAUGAGUUUAAUAGGAGGAGGUGCCGUCGCCCAGAGACUUAUUAGACCUAUCCACAGACCCCUAGCCAGGACCCAGUCAGCCCCCUUGCCCACCAGCCAGCACCGGGCACAGCUACACACGCAGCAGAUCAUAAUGCAGCAGCAGCAGCAACAGCAACAGCAGCAGCAGCAGCAACAACAGCACCAACAGUUUCUGCAGCAGCAGCAACAGCAGUUGAUGGCCUUACAGCAUAGACAGACAUUACAACAAGAAGACGCCGUCGCUGAGAAGGAGGCCGAGGAGGCGGAGCAUAAACAGGUGCAGAGCCUCCCACUGAAGAACAUCACUGAGAUCAAACAGGAACCCAUUGACAUUGAGGAAGAAGAUGAAGAGGAAGAGGAACGCCUGCAACUCCAGCAGGAGCAGGAGGAACUGAUGCGGCAACAAUCAUUAGGAUGUCUCCGACUAACGGAAACAGAAGCGUUACCCGGUACCCGUCCGAGUAGCCAUCGACCGCUCUCUAGGGCCCAGAGCUCCCCCGCUGCCGCCUCUAACCUUCCAGGCGUACUGGGAGCGGCCGACCACCACCAUCUUCAUCACCCCCAUCACCAUGUCAAACACUUUUUCACGACAGGGCUUGCCUACGACACAUUGAUGUUGAAGCAUCAGUGUACGUGUGGGAACAACGCGACUCAUCCUGAACACCCUGGACGACUUCAGAGCAUCUGGGCUCGGCUCCAGGAGAGGGGGAUUGCUUCCCGAUGUGAGCGUAUAAGGACCAGAAAAGCAACAUUAGAUGAGCUACAAUCUUGCCAUAGUGAGGGAUAUGUUUUAUUUUACGGAACCAGCCAGCCCAAUAGGUCGAAGAUCGACAGCAAAAAGAGAGCCUGUAUCCCUAAGCUGAAUUUCACCUGGUUGCAAUGCGGAGGCCUGGGAGUGGACAACGAUACUGUCUGGAAUGAUUUACACUCGCCCAGCGCCGCAAGGAUUGCGACUGGCUCAGUUAUCGAGCUGGCCUUCAAGGUAGCGGCCGGUGAGCUCAAGAACGGCCUUGCCGUGGUGCGUCCACCGGGCCACCACGCCGAGACGUCUCAAGCCAUGGGAUUCUGCUUCUUCAACUCGGUGGCCAUAGCCGCCAAACAGCUACGCCUCAAACUCAAGCUGAACAAGAUCCUGAUUGUCGAUUGGGAUGUCCAUCAUGGUAACUCAACCCAGAAGAUCUUCUAUGAGGAUCCUCAUGUUCUUUACAUCUCCCUCCAUCGGCAUGAUGAGGGCAACUUCUUCCCUGGUACCGGGGCCCCUGAUGAGUGCGGAUGUGGUGCUGGCCUCGGUUACAAUGUCAACAUUGCCUUCCAUGGUAACCUGGACCCACCCAUGGGGGACACUGAAUACCUGGCUGCGUUCAGGUCUGUGGUGCUACCCAUUGCCAGGGAGUUUUCUCCCGAUGUGAUCUUAGUGUCUUCUGGUUUUGACGCUGCUAAGGGACACGCCAACCCCCUUGGAGGGUAUCUACUCACCCCUGCAUGUUUUGGGUACAUGACGCGACAGCUGAUGACCCUAGCAGGAGGUCGUGUAGUACUGGCCUUAGAGGGGGGUUACGACCUUCCAGCGAUCUGCGAUUCCUCUGAGGUCUGCGCUCAGGUGCUCCUGGGUGAUGAGGGACCAGCCCUCAGUGAACAAGCCCUGAAGGCUGUGCCCAAUGACAAGGCGUUGGAGUGUCUGCACAGGGCCAUCGAGAUCCAGUCUGAAUACUGGACCAGUGUACGAGCCUUGGGACCUCUUGUUGAUUGUUCAGCCGUGGAGUCGACCCAGCUUCUGCAACGGGAGAAGGAUGAAGCCGAUACGGUGUCUGCCAUGGCUCUUUUGUCUGUCCGCCAAAACGCCAGAUCCGAACCGAUGGAAGAAGAAGACUGUGAGGCUAAGUCAUAGUCUUGAGGCCAAGGUCAAAUAUCAAAUCCAAAAGAUGGCCUGUCCGUUCUCUGAUGUUUUGAAGAACACAGCUUGCCACCUUGUAACUGCAGUUUGGCAGUUGGCAGUCUUACCGCCGUUUUAUGCACAACAGUCAUGACGAAUUAACAAAUUCAAACAGCAGUUGUGUGGCACACCAGGACCGGCUGAGAAUGAGUUACAGAUUUACUUGGUCCAAUUCUUGUGGUGUACUCGGCGACACGACAAGACAAACAAAAGUUACGCCACUAAGCAGGGUAACCACAAAUGAAGAAAAAAAAUAACGAUCCAUUGAUGGUUCUGGGCGUAAAAUUUUGGGGACCAAAUUAUCCUUCUCCAAUCCAGGUUCUUCCCACAAAAAAAAAAAGACCUGACCAACUUGGGAGUUGAAAUGCAUCGUGUUUUUGAAACACACAAACCUAUUAUCUGUAAUAUUUUUUUGUUUGUUUAGUUUUUUGUGUGUGGUGUUAAUAACAAUUAAAUGUAAAAAAAAAAAAAAAAAAUCAUGUUAAAAUGUGAUGUAUCGAUAUGCUUCAAUAAUAAAAAAAAACUCCACAAUUCAUAGUACAUGUACAUGUAUUGCUGUUAAAGAAUUGUAAAUAUAUAUAUAUAUAUAUAUAUAUACUAAAGCAAGAGUGUGUACGCUGUUCUCCUUGGUGUUCAUAUAUUCUACUAUUUUCUGGCCGUGUCUGCAUGUAAAUGCUGCAACUCUUGUGUACAAUAUGAAGCAACCUCCAGCCUCCUGCAUGUGAGAAUAAUCCUGUGAAAAGCGAAGAAAAAUCAACGAAAAGGCAGUGAUUUGAGGGGGAAAAAUGUGUAUAGACAUAAAUGCUAUUGUACAGAUAUCUUAGUUUUAUUUUUGUUCCGUCAAACGAGGUCGGCCGAGUGGCGCUUAUUUCGGAGAUGGACCAUUUUACUUUUUACAAAUAAUGAUUUCUGUGAUAUUUUUAAUCCUUCCGCCAUUAAAAAAAAAAGGAAAUAAUCACAGAAUGUAAAUAACAUGACAGUGAACUGUCCGAUUAAAUAAAAUGUACUUUUGAUCGGAAUCCAUGUUGCUGCUUGGAAAGCUAGAUAAACUAACUAAAAAGUUUGUAAUAAUUUACUUGCAAAAAAAAAAGUACUAAAAUAAAAGUUAUAAGAUGUCAGUAAGUUUGAUCUUCCAUAUCUGAGGUGUGAAGAAGUAUUGAAUCGUUCAAUCCAGACACUGUUUGUUUGUUUGUUUGUUUGAAUGAUCUUUCCAUCAAGGGAACUCCGCAAACUCCCACAAAGGGAUACAAG